AUGACUGAAAACAUAGUGGCUCUCCCUGGAGACCCUGUAAACAUAAUAGCAGCAGACAACAAGACUCGAAUAGGACCAGGACUGCGAGAAGCAUCAGGUUCCAUAGUAUCAACGAAAGCUGGCAUAGUCGUCAAUCCACUCAAGACUAGUCGUAUUUGGAUCGAAUCAAACCAAAAAAGAUAUGUUCCAGGAGUACGCGAUGCAGUCAUUGGAAUCGUCAAAGGGAGAGGGAAUGAAAUGUAUAGGGUUGAUAUAGGCAGUGCUCAUCAAGCCCAGUUAAGCUAUUUUGCUUUUGAGGGUGCUACAAAGAGGAAUCGUCCCAUCCUAGAUACAGGAACUCUGGUAUACGCAAUAGUAACACAAGCAGAUCGAGACAUUGAACCUGAACUAGAAUGUAUAUCUGCGACUACCCAGAAAGCGGAUGGAUUUGGAGAGUUGAAGGAGGGAUAUAUGGUCAAGGCGUCGCUUGCCUUGUGUAGGAGUCUGCUAAACCCAAAGGGCCAUCCUGCACUAAUCGCACUAGGCAAACUGUUUCCAUUUGAAUGUUGCGUGGGUAUGAAUGGUCGUAUAUGGAUCAAGAGCAACCAUAUACCGCAGACGUUGGCGUGUGCUACUGUGAUCAAGAACUGUGAGCAUAUAAGUGCUCAGGCUUCUGAUAAAGAGAUUGGUAAGAUGGUCAAGACGGUUGUGCGUGAGGUGCUCAAUCAGAUGGAGGAGUAA